AUGGGCAUCGUCGCCAGGGCCAACGCCGCCUUCUGGCUGCUCUGGCUGGCCGCCCUCAUCUGGUGCAGCCAAAACUCAUUCGACGACCCGUCCUCCAUCUUCUACAACCAGGCCGCCGCCUACUCCCAGCGCUACUCGGCCCUGCGCGGCCUCGAGGUGGACGCCUUCCUCGCCAACGCCACCCGCGUCGCCGCCGCCCGCCCGCCCGACCACCACGACGAGAUUCUCUGCAUCGGCAUCCCCAGCAUCAACCGCACCUCGGAGGGCUUCCUGUCCCGCACCGUCGGCGGCCUCGUCGACAGUCUCACCCCCGCCGAGCGCUCCUCGAUCCACAUCGUCGUGCUUCUCGCCGACAAGAAGCCCGCGUCCCACUUUGCCUACGGCCUCCCCUGGCUCACUGACGUGGUCGACGAGGUGCUUGUCUACGAACAGGCCGGCAAGGACCACUCGGAACUGCCGGGCUACCGCACCAUACCCUUCAACGUUCGUCAGGAUGGCCAGCCGCGCGGCGAUGGUCGCGUCGAGAAUAUGCGCCUCGAUCACUCCAUUUUAGUCGAGACGUGCCAAAGUCGCGGCGCGCCAUAUUUUGCCUUUAUCGAGGACGAUAUUAUUGCUUCCCCGGACUGGUACCGCAAGUUUCUCGAGGGUGUCGCGCGCCUCGAGCUCAAGACGAAACAGUCCCACAAGGACUGGGUAUACCUUCGCCUAUUCUACUCGGAGAUAUUUAUGGGCUGGAACGCUGAGGAAUGGGCAACCUACGCCGAAGUGAUUUUUCUAGUCUACACCGCAUUCAUUCUGGCCUUCUUUGUUCUUCGCCGACGACAACGCCGACGCUAUACCGCACCAUCCGGCUACUCGCCCCUCAUGAGCAAGGAGGAACCCGCAGCAAAGUCGACUCAGUCGCAGCGACACUUGCAAAAGUUCAACCAUUUAUCCGCGUUAAUCAUUGGGCUAUGGCUGCCGGCAGUCAUUGCCUUUGUAUUCCUGAGCGGACGUAUAUCCAUGAAACGACUGAACCCUCUACCGCAGUCUGGCAUCCGCGAGAUGCCGCGAUACGGCUGCUGCGCCCAAGGAUUGGUGAUUCCCAAGCGACAUCUGCCGUCGUUCCUCUCGCUGCUUCGCGACCCUCCAUUCGACUUUCCGGGCGACAUGAUGCUCGAGGGCCAUGCCGACCAAAACAAACUGGCUAAAUGGGCACUGGAGCCUAGUGUCAUGCAGCACGUAGGCUUGAAGCAGUCCUCUGAGGGAAAUCGACUCGCAGAGGUAUGGAAUUUCAGCUUUGAGCGUCGAAAGAUGAGUGCAAAGCAUGACUGA